AUGUCUGAUAAAAUUAUAUCUGAAGAUACAACAAUGUCUGAUAAUAUGAUAUCUGAAGAUACAACAAUUUCUGAUAAUAUGAUAUCUGAAGAUACAACAAUGUCUGGAGUUAAUGAUAAUAUGAUAUCUGAAGAAAACAAAAAAAAAAGAAAAUUAGACGGCAAUAAUGAACCACAAAUUAGUGGCGACUAUGACAUAAAUCCAACUGGCGUAACUGAUAAUGUUGUUGAUGGUUUUCAAGUUGUUGGAGAUGCAGUUCAACCAUUUCUUCCACUUUUUUCAUCCGUUUCAACUAUUAUUGAUUCAAUAAUUCGUACUUAUAAAAAUGCAAAAUGUAAUCAAAAAAUUUGUUUAGCAUUAAUUGAUCGUGUAGAAAUCGCUCAACAAGCUGUUAAUUCUUUACAAAGACAACAAAGGGAUAAUGAAGAACUUUUUAGAAAACAAAAUUAUUAUGAUGCGUGGGUUAGAUUUAAAACAGUUUUAGAGAAUAUAAAGAAAUUUGUGAAAGAAAUUACUCAAUUAUCGAACUUGCAAAAGUUUUUAACAGCAAACGCAGUUAAAGAUGCAUUUGAUAAAAAUAUUAAAGAAUUUGAAGAAGUAUGUAAUGAUUUAAAUUUUACGUUAGCUAUUUAUGAUAGAAAUAAAAGAGAUAUAGAAAAUAAAAAAAUUAUGGAGGAUAUUGAUCUCUUGAAUAAGGUAUUAUUAUAUUAUAUUACUAUCUUGUACAUUGCAUAUUUAAUUAAUAUUUGA